AGCAUUUCGGAGUUCCCUAGUUUUAUUAGUUUUAUAGGCUCGGAGGCUCAGAAGGCUUCGGCUUCGUACUUCGUAAACAAAAGUCAACAAAGGACACCAAUUACAGUUCAUUGGAUACUUGCAUCAAAAAAUCAGAUAUUUGGAGUACACUUUUCUCAUUUCUUUGAAUGUGUAUGAUAGCGGACUGCGGUGUAUGAUUCAUUCCAAAAUAUCUACUUUGAUUCAUCAUGAGUCAUGACUCAGAACAGCUCCAUGAUGAACCAGACCAAUGGCCACAUGGGACGUUAAGCUUCACAAAGCUACCAGAAGAGUGGAGUCGCACUGGUGAACACAUCCAAACUUGGAAGAAAAUGCCCCUCCCAGAAAAGCCAAUUAAUGGAACAUUAAAUAGUACUACAGCUGUCAAUGGAGAUCAUCUCUUUGGGUAUGGAACUGUGAAGUUUGAGAUUGUAUCAGUUCGCAUUGUUCGUAUUGAAGCUGGACAAAAGAAGCAUGUGGCUUACACAAUAAGUAUUAGGAAAGACGGUGAAACACCUGAUCCACAUCCAGCAGUGAUUGAACGUCGUUAUUCUGACUUUUUGGACCUCUUUCUUGCUCUGAGAAAAGAAUUUCCAACACUUAUGUCGAAUGUUUCAUUCCCCAGAAAGGUAUUAAUUGGUAACUUUGGUCCUGUUGUUAUUGAAUCUCGUCAAAAGGGAUUUGAAAUGCUACUUAAGCAUACAACCAAAAAUGAAAAGUUAAGUCAGUCUGCAAACUUAGCUGCAUUCUUACAAAAUGCUGAACAACAAGAAGCACAAGCUUGGAUGAUUCAGCAACGAUAUGAUUUGGCCAUACCUUUGCUGGAGAAUGCUUUCAGACUCCUCAACAAACUGUACACAGACCGACAUCCAUAUGUUAUUAUUGCCCUCUGUCGAUUAGUGGCAUGCUGUGUAGCCGACACCAAAGAAUCUCAUUUGGGAGGACGUGCUGAGAAAUUUGCUGAGUUAGCUCUACGUCGCUUUGAAGCUGUAAGUGAUGCAGACCUUCUCAAGUACUACAUUCCAUUGCUGCAACUUUGUGUACACCUUUGGUGGACCUUAGGGAAAGAUAAGCAACCUUUGACAAAUAGACUUGAAGAUCUUAAGCUGCGUGGUAUUCAAGUUGAUGGUCUACCAACACUUCUUGAAGCCAUGCUUGAAAUCAAAGUCUAACAUCAUUUCUAGAAAAA